AUGGGGGAAAUGAACGAUGGGUCAAAAUGUUGGUUUCCUAAUGUAGACAUAAAAUAUAAGCCGAAGGUGGGUGAUGGUUUUGAGUCCGUAGAAUCGGCUGAGAAAAUGUACCGGAAGUAUGCUAAUGAAGUUGGGUUUGAUGUACGUUUAUCUAACAAGAAGAUAAAUAAGAUUGGUCGUAUCACGUCUCAAUUUUAUGUGUGUAGUAAAGAAGGGAGGCCACCAAGUAAGUAUUUUGAUUCCUUAGAUGUUCUUCCAAAUGAUUGCAGAAUCCGCAAUUCAAAUAUCAAGUGUUCUGGUUGUGGAACAUGUUUCAAGAUUCACUUUGUUAAAGAACGGAGACAGUAUGAAGUUUACAAGUUUGUUGAGCAACACAAUCACAUGCUUUUUAAUAAGGAGGGUAUGAGUUCGAAGGUUGGUGUCACCAAAUCUCAUAGAUUUAGGAAAUCCCUUAAGGGUGGUGUAGAUUUAUCGGGUGGCACUGUAAGAGAUCAUCAAAACUUCAAACGUGAUAUGGCGUAUUUUGUUGGCAAUAAAGACGCACAAAUGUUGUUAAAGCAUGCUUUGAUCUUUGUUCCGUUCGUUGCAAUUGAUAAUCAUAAGAAAUUUUUCGUUGUUGGAGCUGCUUUGAUUCAAAAUGAAUCUGUUGUUGAUUACACUUGGAUUAGUAAUUACCUCCAAUAUCGUAUGUCGUUUGUUACCGAAUUUAAUAAGUUGGUGUGGAAUGUUCACCUUGGUCUUGAUGAAUUUGAGAUGCAAUGGAACAACAUGAUGGAUUUGUAUAGAUUACGUGGAGACCCAUGGUUUGAUGAAUUGUAUGAGAUUAGGGAGUCAUGGAUUUCGGCUUAUUAUAAGGAUUAUCAAAUGUCUGGCCUAAAGAAAACAACAUCCAGGUCGGAGAAUAUCAAUGUUUUUUUGCGUUAA